AUGUUUGAUUUUCACCAUUUCCUAGGACCAAAAUUCGGCAAAUGGAAACGAAAUGCCAUCACUGUGGCUGGUGGAAAUGGAAAAGGACAAGAAUUAAAUCAACUCAGCAGCCCUUCUGGAAUCUUCAUCGAUAAAAACAAAAAAAAUUUCAUUGCUGAUUCUUUUAAUCAUCGUAUUGUUGAAUGGAAACAUAAUGCAGAAGAAGGAGAUAUCAUUGCAGGUGGAAAUGGAGAAGGAAAUCGAAUGGAUCAAUUGAAUAGGCCAACAGAUGUGAUUGUUGAUCAGCAAAAUCAUUUAAUCAUCAUUACUGAUUAUGGAAAUAGACGAGUGAUCCAAUGGUUGAACCAAACGCAACAAAUUCUCAUCCACGGUAUUGAUUGUUAUGGCUUGGCAAUAGAUAAACAUGGAUUUCUUUAUAUAUCUGAUUAUAUGAAGAAUGAAGUGAGACGGUGGAAAAUGGGAGAAUACAACAACAAAGGAAUUGUAGUGGCAGGUGGAAAUGGACAAGGAAAGAAACUCAAUCAACUUAAUGAACCUCAUUUUAUCUUUGUUAAUGAAGAUCAAUCUGUUUAUGUAUCAGAUGGAAACAAUAAUCGUGUGAUGAAAUGGAGAAAAAAUGCAAAAGAAGGAACAGUUGUGGCUGGAGGAAAUGGUUUUGGAGGAAAUCUCAAUCAACUGUUUUAUCCUGAAGGAGUAAUUGUUGAUGAUUUGGGUCAAAUCUAUGUGGCAGAUUGUUGGAAUGAUCGAAUAAUGCGUUGGUGUGAAGGAAAAGAAGGAGGUGAGAUUGUUGUUGGUGGAAAUGGUAAACGAAAUGAACCAAAUCAAUUGAGUGAACCCACUGAUUUAUCUUUUGAUGAUGAAGGCAAUCUUUAUGUUGCUGAUUUCAAAAAUAAUCGAAUUGAAAAAUUUGAACUAAUUUUGUAA